GGAAUCAACACUCGACGGAGCAUGAAGCGUCCUAGCAACAACUCCAAGAAGGGCGGUGCGAAGGCCAAGGGCGCGCCUGCGGCCAAGAAGGCCAAGGUCAACGACGCUGCGUUUGACUGGGGCGAGAACAACAUCGCGUCCGAUGCCGAAGACUCGGAAGACGACGCGAAGGCGCCGGCCGAGGACGAAGAAGAUCCGUACGCCCACGAGACGGCCGACGAGACGCGUGUGCGCCUUGCCAAGGCCUACUUGGGCAAGUUGAAGGACACAAUGGACGAAGACGACGGCUCCGACGCCGAGGCCAAUGCUCGCGUGUCGUCGCAGCUGGACCUCGACGUCCAGGAGGCGUCCGGGAAGCUCUUCAAGAAAGUCGCCGAGAAGUUUACCGCGUUCGAGUUUGACGAAGAGUCGUCCAAGUACCUCUCGGGGCACAAGGCGCCCGUGUCGGUCGUCGCGGCGGUGGAAGACGGCAAGACGAUCUACUCGGCGGCGAAGGACGGCUCGCUUCUCAAGUGGACGCUCUCGGCCGAUGGUAUCACAAAGGUGCGCAUGGAGCUGCCCAAGGCCGAGGACGCCGCCAAGGGCAAGAAGGCCGUGCCGGACCACAAAAAGACGGUCUUGGCGCUCGCCGUGAGCUCGGAUGGCAAGUUUGUUGCGUCCGGCGGCGUCGACAAGCUCUUGCAUGUCUGGGACAGCGAGACGAGCGCGCUGCUCGAGAGCUUCUCGGGCCAUCGCGAUGCGAUCUCGUCGCUGGCCUUCCGGAAGAAGUCGCACAUGCUCUUCUCCGGGUCGUUUGAUCGUACGGUUAAGCACUGGAACCUCACGGAAAUGGGCUACGUCGAGACGCUCUUUGGGCACCAAACGAAAUCACGGGCAUCGACUGUCUCCAGAAGGACCGCGUCGUGUCGUGCGGCCGCGACGCGAGCGUCCGCCUCUGGAAGAUCCCGGAAGAGACGCAGCUCGUCUUCCACGGCACGGGCUCCAUCGACUGCAUCGCCAUGGUCACGGACGAGUAUUACGUGACGGGCGACGACUUGGGCGCGGUCGCGCUCUGGUUCAACGGCAAGAAGAAGGCCGCGCACGUCGUCCACGGCGCCCACGGUAAAAAGUGGGUCAGCGCCGUCGCGGUACUGCCGCGCACGGACCUCGUCGCGACAGGGUCGUCGGACGGCUUUGUGCGCCUCUGGCGCGCGAACCUGCAGGCGCGCAAGCUCGAGCUCGUAGCGUCGAUUCCCGUGCCGGGCUUUGUCAACUCGCUUUCGUUCCCGAAGGACGGCCGGUACCUCGUCGCCGGCGUCGGGAAGGAGCACCGCCUCGGUCGGUGGGAAGUGCAGAAGCAAGCCAAGAACGGCGUCGUCAUCAUUGCGCUGCCGUCGCUCGACGACGACGACGACGACGCGUAAGCUCGACACAACCCGUCGUGUUGGAUUAUGUUACUAGAGAAAUAAGAAAGCCUCGCUUUGCAUCACC